AUGGGAGGGAUGAAGUACACAUUUUUAUCUAGAGAUGGUACAAAUCUGAGUAAAUUGGAUAGGGUUUUGGUGUGUGAAAACUUCAUGAAUAAAUGGCCAAAUGCUUCAUUACUAGCACUCGGUAGAAAUAUCUCUGACCAUAGCCCGUUAAUUUUAACUACUAUUAAUAAUAGCUUUGGUCCUUCCCCCUUUAGAAUGUUCAAUAGAUGUUCUGACUUGGAGGGUUUCGAUGAGACAGUGAGGAAGGGUCUUGACUCGAUUUGUGAGUCAAGAUUUAUGGAUGAGGUUUUGGCUACAAAAUCUAAGGUAGUGAAAGAAGAAUUAAAAAAAUGGCGUAAAAAGAAAAAAGAGGAAGAGGAGAAAGAUUUGUUGGAAGCCCAGAAUAAGUUGACACAAUUGGAUAUUUUAGCAGAAAGCAGAGCACUAUCGGGUGAGGAAAUAACCAUUUGGCAAGAUUGCAAAGACAAGAUUAAAAGGUGGCACAGUAAAAUUGCAUCGGAUCUACAACAGAAGGCGAGGGUAAGAUGGAUAGGAUUGGGGGACGAGAAUACCAGAUAUUUUCACUCGAUAGUAAAUAAUCAUAUAGCCAGGAAUAAGAUCAGUGGUUUAUGGAUAAACGAGGUGUGGGUUUCAGACCCAAAGGAAAUAAAAGCACAAAUUUUUGAUGACAUUCCAAGAAAAAUUCAAAGAACCAGUCUAUGUGAGACCGAGAAUUGGAGCAGGGGGUUUUAA